GCUAAACUAUUUAUUCUGCUGUCUGUCGUCUGUGUUCUGCUGAACCUGACUGGAUUUGUGUUAGGAUGUCAAAGCAUUCGGUUUAUGUCCAGUGUACCCAAAUGCCAUUCGGUGGGUGCAAAUGAAGAGAGGAUUUGUUUCUGCUGUGAAGAACAUCUUGAUAAAUGCACAGAAAAGACUGCGCUGAAGCUACACCACAUAAAGUCGUGCAGUAUUGCUCACUUCCUUCUCAAGAAAGUUUUCUUUGGUCUUUGUGUCCUGAACGGCCUCAUCGUCACAGUUUCCUUGAUAACGACUGCCCUGCGUUACUUACGGUCUUUUCCAACAAGAAGACCAGACCUAGAGCAGGUUGGGGCAGUGAGAGAAAGCCAGGCACAACCCCGUGGGAAGGCUUGUGUGAAGGACUCCAGAAUGAUGGCCUGGGCCCUCGCAGACCUCUCUGCCAGAGGGAUUCUCCUUCUCAUGGCAGGAGUGAGAAUCAAAUACGCUCAGGUGUUCUGCCCUCUGGUCCCACCUCCUCCUUACAAAGCUGUGCGGAGUCUGAACAGCUCUGAGCAGGAAGGUGAGCUACAAACAGGUGUUGUGGAAGUUCUUGAUUUGGGGAAAGCAAGAGACAGGCAGGCCUCUCGAGAUGAAGAAAUUCCUGCGUCUUCCAGCAGAGUGAGCCUUUCACCUUCAAAUGCAAGCCUGGUGCCUGCAGAAGGAGCGCUCAGGAGAGCCUUCAGUUCCUUGUGGAAAUGUUCUGAAAGUGACCUGGUGCUGCACUGCUGGAUGCUUGAAGGGCCAAAAAUCGAUUAUUAUUAUUUAGACCAAAGGCAGUGGAUUUUUGUCUGGACCAGAGGUAGUGGAAUUGAUUCCCUACUGCCUCUUUUUCAGUCCUUGCAAGGGGCGGCUGUCAGCUGUGAAGGUGCAGUGCAGACUGAAGUAAAAACACAACUCUGUGUGGUCACCUUGCAGAAGGGUUUGAGAGCGAGAGCUUUGAGGGGAAGACCUCAAACUUUGAGAGAUGGCAAGCCUGACACCAAGAUUAAACAGAUUGUGAUGUGGAUCCUACUGCAGUCCUCCUGCGGCGUGAGCCCUGACAUGCUUGAAUUGGUGGAAAAUAUCAAGUCUGUUUUGGAAUCAAUUGAGAAAUGUAUGGCAGGAGCUACCACCGGUGCCACCUCCCUUGAGCUUCUGAUGACGCCUGCCCAGCAAGACAUGUCACUGAAUGCCCGUGCAUUACCUUUCAGACAGUAUCCUGGAUUGCUGCACCUGGACAGCUGUGGUGACCUGUGUACUUUCACCACAGACGAAGAUCAGCUAGCAGAGGGGAAGAUCUAGAGAGCAGAGCAUGAACGGCCUCGCAGUCUUACUGGCUUUGCCAGGGAAACUGUACUUUGA